AUGAAUAAAUUGGUGUUUUUCUUGUUAGCCCUAAUCUUCACGGCAUUGUCAGCAUCAGCUGAUAUUGAUUUUUGUUCGACAACGGCCAUAGAUAAAGUGGAUGGAUGUUAUGAUUCGUUGAAAUUAGCAGCGGCAGAUGAUUACAGAUGGCUAAGAAAAGAUUGUUGCAAAGUGGUGUACUCAUUUCCUCAUCACUGCUUAUUGCCUGUCAUGAACCGCAGACAUAAGGAUAUUACCUUCUUCAAAAAGAUUUGUGUUAAUGUUCACGGACCGAUAUAA